AGUUUAAACGUAGUUUCGUGAGCGUUGCAAAUUGAUUGUUGACGGUGGUUACUUUCGUUUCUGGUUAGGCUUAGUAUGUGUGCACUAAAUGCGUAAGUCUAAGCGUUGUUUUUUAGAAGAAAUAUCAUAUGAUUUUGUCGAACUAAUAUGAUAAUCGUACCUAUAAUUCAAUAACAGGAAUCCAAGUAAUGAUCCUUCAUCGGGAGAAAAAGUCAAAUUCCAUCGUUUGAUUGUUGACGAACCGGUGAAAGAUGAUAACUCGGUCGUUUAUUUAUCUCAGGCCAAGAUGGAUAGUAUGAAUUUGUUUCGUGGUGAUACUGUGUUGGUCAAAGGUAAAAAACGUAAAGAAACGGUAUGCGUGGCCAUUGUGGACGAGAGUUGCCCGGACGACAAAAUUCGUUUAAAUCGUUGUAUUCGCAGUAAUCUACGAGUAAAGCCAGGAGACAUUGUCAGUAUAAAAAGUCUUCCUGACAUCCUCUACGGUAAACGCAUCCACGUUCUGCCUAUUGACGAUACUAUUGUUGGUCUUACGGGAAAUUUAUAUGAAGCUUUUCUAAAACCAUACUUUUUGGCUGCCUACCGACCUGUACAUAAAGGCGACAUAUUUAUCGUACGUGGUGGAAUGCGAGCUGUUGAAUUCAAAGUAAUUGAAACAGACCCAUCACCUUAUUGCAUUGUUUCCCCCGAUACCACUAUUCACACGGAAGGAGAUCCAGUUAAGCGAGAGGACGAGGAAGAAAAGCUGAAUGAAAUAGGUUAUGACGACAUAGGAGGUUGUCGUAAGCAGCUGGCUCAAAUAAAAGAAAUGGUCGAGUUACCUCUUCGUCACCCUCAGCUAUUCAAGGCUAUAGGUGUAAAACCUCCUCGCGGAAUACUCCUCUAUGGACCCCCUGGUACUGGAAAAACCUUAGUUGCUCGGGCAGUAGCCAAUGAAAGUGGAAGCUUUUUCUUCUUAAUUAAUGGUCCGGAGAUAAUGUCGAAAUUGGCCGGCGAGUCAGAAUCUAACCUGCGCAAAGCGUUUGAAGAGGCAGAAAAAAAUGCACCAGCCAUUAUCUUUAUUGAUGAACUUGAUGCGAUCGCUCCCAAGAGGGAAAAAACUCACGGUGAGGUAGAACGCCGCAUCGUUUCCCAAUUGUUAACAUUAAUGGAUGGUUUAAAACAACGAAGCCAUGUAAUUGUCAUGGCUGCUACAAAUCGUCCCAAUAGUGUUGACCCCGCGCUGAGACGCUUUGGUCGUUUUGAUCGUGAAAUAGAGAUAGGUAUUCCUGAUAGUAUUGGAAGAUUGGAGAUUUUGCGGAUACACACCAGAAAUAUCCGGCUGGCUGAAGAUGUUGAACUUGAGAAAAUAGCCAAUGAAGCUCACGGUCACGUGGGAGCUGAUCUAGCUUCAUUGUGCUCAGAAGCUGCCCUUCAACAAAUAAGAAAUAAAAUGAAUCUCAUUGACUUGGAAGACGACACAAUUGAUGCCGAAGUAUUGAACUCGUUGGCGGUAACGAUGGAUGACUUCCGUUGGGCCUUAGGAAAGAGUAAUCCGUCUGCUCUUCGCGAGACCACAGUUGAGGUACCUAAUGUCACAUGGGAUGAUAUUGGUGGGUUAGAAAAUGUAAAACGAGAGCUCCAGGAACUGGUUCAGUAUCCUGUUGAACACCCUGACAAGUUCCUGAAAUUUGGCAUGACUCCUAGCAAAGGUGUCCUGUUUUAUGGUCCUCCAGGCUGUGGUAAGACAUUGUUGGCGAAGGCGAUUGCGAAUGAAUGUCAAGCUAAUUUUAUCAGCAUUAAAGGACCUGAACUCCUUACUAUGUGGUUUGGUGAAUCUGAAGCAAACGUUCGGGACAUUUUUGAUAAAGCUCGGCAAGCGGCACCGUGUGUGCUUUUCUUUGAUGAACUGGACUCGAUUGCCAAAGCUCGUGGAGGUAGUGUUGGUGAUGCUGGAGGUGCUGCUGAUCGUGUUAUCAACCAACUCCUAACCGAAAUGGAUGGUAUGUCUGCUAAAAAGAACGUUUUUAUCAUCGGUGCUACUAAUCGCCCAGAUAUUAUUGAUGGGGCCAUCUUGCGUCCUGGAAGACUCGACCAACUCAUUUACAUUCCACUGCCAGAUGAAGCCUCAAGAGUUAAUAUUCUAAAAGCUAACUUAAGAAAAUCCCCAAUUGCAAAGGUAAGUUAUUACUUUUUGUCUAAUUCUCAUUAAUGAAUCAUUUCAAUAUCGGUCUCCGACAUUUUUAAUGAAAGUCUAGAAUCUGUAAACCUUACUGCACCAAGCAUAAGGGCGCCCUUCGAUGAUAUUAGGAAAGUCACCAUGUUCUGAAUUUUCUGAAUCAUAAAGUGUAACUCGAAUUUCAGUCCUGGUUUGUUGGGAAUGUCUUCUGGUACACUUGGUGGUACUAAUGUCGAUUCAAAGUAGUGAGUGUGCACCUUUGGGUUCUAAGUAUGAAGGUGGGAGAAACUUAGUUUCCUUCGGUUCAGGUAUUCUGUAUUCGUACUACCCGUUAUAUGACUCAGAAUCAGAGAUAUAGUAGCUAUCAGUACGUAAACCGAAUUCUUUCUACAUUUAUCACAGAACUCCAUUUAGUUACAGACCCACGGUACUGUACUCCUUCCCACUUGAAUCUUGUAAUUAAUGGUUACUCAAUACUCUAAUAACUUAUCUAGGUUACCAUCACGUGAAGUGCUUUGUACUACAAAGCUUCAAAGUGUUUGUCAAAUAUUCUAACUGCUCGCUUUAGGGAGUUACCAUGCUGUUGAUCUAAUUAAGUUCCUCUUAAUUAUCUGAUGUUGAAUGUUGCAAUUUGAACUUGUUCCUCUCAUCACAUGUUGUAUGGGAGUAAUUUAAGUUUUCGCGCCGAAUUCGGCUGCGAAAUAGCAUAAAACUGAAUAUUAUGCUAUCGAUGAUACUCUUGAAUCUCUGAAAAGCCAUCUUGCUUAUCCUUGCCGCACCAACAUAUUGUACCUUUUUGCUAUUCCAGUGACCUGAAGUAGUCUUUUUAGCUAAAAUUUUCUGAAAAGUGACUUCAGAAUAGUGCUUGUAUUGCCAGUGUGUAGAACUUAAGGACUUAUUUAUUUAUUUAAACACAAAUAUUGGUACAAGGAAACACCAGAUAAAUAUGCGCCUCACAAAUCUCAUUUGAUUUGUGUGAGGGCUGUGAUACUACCCAAGUGCCCAAACUGAAGCAGGUGGUUUUCUUGGGGGGCCACACCCGGAGCCUUUGACCUGAAUGUCUAAUCCACAAGGCAGUGGAGCAUCGUGAGGAGAUGCGGUCUCAUGGUAGCCGGUGACCAACAAUUGAUUCAUAUGCCAUUUGUUCCCUCAGGAUACUGGAGCCCAUGUGCACCAUUGGUUUGGAAUCAGGGUUUUCCAACUCCCCUAGGUGGACUCUCCGUGUCCACCAACCCGGUUGAAGCGCCGGACAAUCGCUUUUCUUCCUCUCAGUUUCGUAAACAACACCGAUGCCACGAGAAGGCAGUGAGUAGGACUUCCCUGGCAGAGGCUAUAUAUUCGCGUGGCCAUAUGAGAGCAUUUCGAAAGGGAGAGCAGACUCCCCACUCUCGACCGUACCAGGGCAUUUGGGGCCGAAUCAGAACUCGAAUCAUUUUUUUAAGUGGUUGUUCCUAUGCAUUUUCAGUUAAUUUAACGGUUUAUUUGUUAGUAUUACACUUGAGACAAAUUUCUCGUCUAAAAUUGAAGGAUUUGGGUAAGAGAGAUUUCAGAUUUUACAACGAAAUCUUUUUAACUGUUUAACAAGCAUUUACUGACUCUUGGUCUUUUUCAUAUUAGGAUGUUGACAUUAAUUUCCUAGCAAAAGCUACUCAGGGGUUUUCGGGUGCUGACCUCACAGAAAUAUGUCAGCGUGCAUGUAAACAAGCAAUACGUGAGUCUAUCGAGGCGGAGAUACGUGCUGAAUCUGAGAAAAAAAACAAGCCUAAUGCUAUGGAAGAUGAUUUUGAUCCAGUACCAGAAAUAACUCGUCGUCAUUUCGAAGAAGCAAUGCGCUUUGCAAGACGCUCAGUGACUGAAAAUGAUGUACGUAAAUAUGAAAUGUUCGCCCAAACAUUGCAGCAGUCAAGAGGAAUAGGUAACAAUUUCAGAUUCCCUGGAUCAGAUGGUUCUGGAAUACCUACAAGUACUGGCGGUCAAGGAGGAGGAGGAUCAGUCUAUGGAUCUCAAAAUGAUGCAGAAGAUUUAUACAAUUAAACGAUUGUCACAACCUUUUACUUUUCAGUUAAUUAAAAGCUUUAGGCUCAAGCUAUCCUGUGUCAUCAAUUUUUACCUACUUAAGCUUCUGGUUUGAAUUAUAAUUACCACUUAAAAGUAAUCAGUUAUGUGACGUCUAACUGAUUAAUUUUUCUUAUUCUUUAAACUGUUCCCUUUGUAAUUCAGACAGAAUUUGUACCUGGCAUAUUUCCAUACAUUUCAUGUUAUUACUUUCUCAUUCUACUCCGUUAUUUUUUGCAAUGCGUAAUAUUUUCUUUUACCGUUCUAACAUUUGAGAUGGGGUUAUCACACUUCCAUACCUUAAGUAGUUACAAGUGAAGUAUCUUUUGAAUAAAUAUUUUCUAGUAGGGUCGGUUCAAGUGAUAUUUUGGCUUCCAACUCCAUAAACUGUAGAUCAAAUUUUAACGUUGCACUAAAAGUUCUUUUUGGUGAGUAAAUGGUUACAAUAAAGAAGUGGAAGAUUUGAAGUCG